AACCACGACUGACGUGUCGAAAUAACAGCACGCGUGCGCUGAAAGUCGUGCUGUUACUGCACAUUGAUGUUUCUGGGCUGCGACCUGGUCUGUUAUAUUCUUGCGGUCUCCCUUUUAUCGUGGUGUAUUUCUGGUUUUGGAGUCCAGCACUUAGAGAGCUAACAUGUUGGACUUCUUCACCAUCUUUAGUAAAGGUGGCAUCGUGUUAUGGUGUUUCCAGGGGGUGAGCGGCUCGUUUACGGGGCCCGUCAAUGCACUUAUUCGCUCCGUUAUACUUCAGGAACGAGGUGGAAAUGCCUUCACCCAUGAAGCGCUCACUCUGAAAUAUAAGCUGGAUAAUGAAUUUGAGCUGGUGUUUGUGGUAGGAUUCCAAAAGAUCCUGACUCUGACAUAUGUAGAUAAAUUUAUAGAUGAUAUUCAUCUGUUGUUCCGCGAUAGAUAUCGAAACCAGUUGAAACAGAAUGGAACUCUUGGACUUCUUAAUACAUCAUUUGAGUUCCAGGACGAUUUCUUAACUCUGCUGAGGGUAGCUGAGGAGAGUAGUAGAACACGAGCUCCCAAGGCCAUGAAAAGUUUUGAUCAGUCAGAAAAAGCACGAAAAACUGUUGCAUCCAUGAUAGAAACACGUGGAGAUACAGGCAAAGUCAAAGGAAAAGAGAAUAACAAGAAAAACAAAAAUGCCAAAAAGGAGGCUCCUGCAGUUGAAGAAACUGUGGUUGUCAGUAAAGUUGCUUCUGAACCAAAGCCAAAGGUAGCUCCUGCCACUGCUGCAGGGAAUAAUGAAGGACUGUCUGCAGAAGAGAUCAUUCAACUUAAUCGUGAGAAGUUCAUGAAGAAAUUUGGAACACAUGUGGAAAAGUCAAAUAAGUCUCCAAAACCAGAUAAGCAGAAGCAGAAAAAAGGAAAAGAGCAGCGGAUCUGGCCUAUGGGAGGUUCCGGCACCAGUGCCAAAGACCUAGAUUACAGCAACUCUGUAAAUGGUAAUGAGAGUGUAGAGCCUGCUAAGGAUGAGGAUGUGUCUGACCUGCGUGGGAAAAUGGCUGGUGAUCUCAGAGACCUGGAGUAUGAGAGCAGUAGUGAGGAGGAAGAAUCAGUUGAGAAAGUAGCUCCUGUCCCUGUGAAAGAAAGCAGUGCUAAUAAAAGAGGCUUCGGUGGCAUGUUUGGAAUGCUGCGAGGGCUAGUAGGCUCCAAAAGCCUUUCUCGUGAUGACUUGGAUCCAGUAUUAGAUCGAAUGAAAGACCAUCUCAUAGCCAAGAAUGUUGCUGCUGAAAUUGCUGCUCAGCUCUGUGAGUCUGUUGCCAAGAAAUUGGAAGGGAAGGUGAUGGGAACAUUUAGCUCUGUGACAUCUACUGUGAAGCAGGCACUUCAAGAAUCAUUAGUACAGAUUCUGCAGCCUAAGCGUCGUGUUGACAUCCUACGUGAUUCUAUGGAAGCACAACGUCAGCGUCGACCUUAUGUUAUUACUUUCUGUGGAGUCAAUGGUGUUGGAAAAUCAACAAAUCUUGCCAAGAUCUGCUUUUGGCUAAUUGAAAAUGGAUUCAGUGUGCUCAUUGCUGCAUGUGAUACAUUCCGUGCUGGAGCUGUAGAACAGCUACGUACACACACUCGACGUCUAAACUCUUUGCACCCACCAGAGGAGAACAAAGGGCGUAUCCUGGUACAGCUGUAUGAGAAAGGAUAUGGUAAAGAUGCUGCUGGUAUUGCCAUGGAGGCCAUCUCCUAUGCUCGUAAUCAGGGUUUUGAUGUGGUAUUGGUGGAUACUGCUGGCCGUAUGCAGGAUAAUGCUCCCCUGAUGACUGCUCUUGCAAAGUUGAUUGCUGUGAACGUGCCUGACUUGGUCUUGUUUGUUGGGGAAGCACUGGUCGGCAAUGAAGCUGUUGAUCAACUGGUGAAGUUUAAUCAAGCCCUUGCAGAUCACUCCAUGAGUGACAGACCAAGACUUAUCGAUGGUAUUGUGUUGACCAAGUUUGAUACCAUUGAUGAUAAGGUUGGUGCUGCCAUCUCCAUGACUUACAUCACUGGACAGCCUAUUGUCUUUGUUGGUACCGGGCAGACCUACAGUGAUUUGCGCAGUCUCAAUGCUAAAGCUGUGGUUAGUGCUCUCAUGAAAGCUUGAAGUGCCACCAGAUGUACCACAUCCACUGCGUUUACAGCUCCCUUGAGCAGCUUUUUUCAUGAAUGUGCCCUGCAGAGCAUCCGUUAAGAAAACCAUAGGUGCAUCUGCAUGAGAAAGUACAAAGUGUUGUCAUUAACUGCUUGUUUUUUGUCUUUACAGUAGUUAUUGUUUGUGUAAUUUUGCACACUUCUUACUGUAUAUUGUAAGAAUAUAAUGAAAUUAAAAAUUUACUGCUACUAGUAUGGAAGACUUUGUAGCAGUUAGUGUUGGGGAAACUUGAACUACAUAGAAACUGCUGCAGAAGUAAAAAAAAAUAAAACAGUUUUGUGUCUUGAGACUGUGGAACCACGUAUAGGACUGAAUUUGAUUUUCUAGACCAAACUGAUAUCCAGAGCUAUAUUUGUGGUUUCAUUUUUGAUGUAUUUCAGAUAGAAGAACCUUUGUACACUCUCUUCCAGUGUGCCUUUGACAUUUCUCAGCACCUUGUGUCUCUCAAGCCUUCUGAAGAUGCAGGAUGGUCCAGAACAGAGUUUUGUAUAGUUCAUUGCAAGUGGUCCUUUUACAGUAUUGAUAACUUUAAGAAAAAAAGCUCCCAAGAAGGCCUUUUGCAGUGAUUCUGUUAACAAAUAUAAUAAUAAGAGAUCAUUAAAUCCACUGAAGUCUUGGCAGUCAUUGAAUUUUGUUGAAUUUUUGAUGGGUUUUUAUUUUUCAGCUAGCAGUAGUUUCUUGCUGUUUUUGUGCUGUUCAGGUGGUCUUGUGUUUUUGUUAAGACAUUUGAGUUGAGCUUAGCAUUAAACAGGAGUCUCCAUACCGUAAUAUCUGCUUGCCAAAGGACUCUGGCGUUCAGUUUUUGAAUACUCCUUUUGUGUUUGAAUUAUUCUCCUUACCAGCAGUUGAAAAGUUGAUGGUGUCACACACUUCAUUCAUACUUCUAACAAAUAAAAUUCAGUCAAUUUGUGAUGCAUUAAACAGGAUGUUUGGAGAGAGCACAUGAGCAUUGUCCAGUAUAAUUAAUGUAUGACAAAAAUGUUGAACACUGAAUAACUAAUGGUCUUAGUAGAUGGCAUAAGUAUUGUUUGUGUGCAAGACAAUAUUUACUAAGGGCCCUUCUGUUAGAGACAUCUGCCAUAAUUUUGUAUUCUGUCUCAUACAACUUUUGCUGACAUCUGUAAUAUGGUUAUCUUUGUGAAUCAUUGUCCCAGGUUUCAGUUAUAAGCUUGUAUGGUUUUAAAUCUGGAGUUAUUGAAGAUUUAGUGUUAUGAAGAGAAUGGAUACUCUUCUUAAGUUGUGGAAUAUUGUAAAAAUCAGGAAAUAGGUACUGUUGCAAAGUCCUGUCCACAACUCGUAUCGUGGACAAACAUCAAGGGAAGUAACGCAUGUAAAAAAGUUUGAUUAUCUUUAAAUUUCCAGAUGCGUCAUUCUGCAACAAAUUACAAUACAUGUGACCCUCUUCUCUUGUGGCUCAGAGGGUGAGCUCUAAAUGUGACCCAGACAACCCUUGUUUGAUUAAUUAGUACAGGUGCUGGCUGGAGUAAAACGGGAUGGUGGUGAGACAUAUGGCCUGCCCAUCCUGGGGGGAGGGAGGUGGUUCACUCACUGCAUGGGCAAGACCAAGUGGAAGCUUUGGGCGGUGUAGCCUGCAGAGUCACGGCCAGAGGAAUGUGCAGCAGUGGCAUAGUCACACAGGUCGGGGGCAGUCAAAUAGUGAAGUUUGCAUCCUCCCCAGUAGAUUGGUAGUAUUGGCAUCUCUUGGAAGCUACGAAGGGGCUCCUUGGUCUAAGAAGGAGACCCUUACAGAUGCCUGAAUGAUUGCCUGUCAGUGCGCUCUCGGUGCGCUCUCACCUUACUAGAGAAUGAAUGAGGUGGUGAUGGCUCUCAUCCCCCAUGAGGAAAGAAUGGUCUUACACAUUGUGGGAGGAGGCUGAUGGUUGGCUGGCAGAGGGGUUGCAAAAAAUAAACUGCUGUACAUAUGUGUAGGUAAGAGAACGCCCUACUUAUAAAGGCCUGCCACAGUCCACAAAAUAUCUUUGGAGAAAACAUUUGGUAUGAAGUCUUGUUAGGAGAAUUUGUACGUUAUACACUAGUGUUUUAAAACACACUUCAUAGAGCCUUGAAAAGGCUGUAUGUCCAUCCGUAUUACUUGAUAUCUACACUUUUUUGUUAAGUUUUCUUGGUAGUUCAAGAUCCCUGUCCUUCCUCUGCUAGUUGCCAGUUUUGUCUUUUGUUUCUCCUGCUGGUCUAGUGGAUCCUUGCAUUGAGCUUUUCUGCUAUUUGUUCUAACUUGGCCAUCCUACAGCACCCCCCCCCCCAAAAAAAAAGACCCUAGGAACUUGCAAUGCUCCACAUACAGCCAGCUGAGUUCUGGUUAAGCUUGUGCACAGAAAACUGGAAAUUGUAUUCUUUUAACUUGUAUGAUUACUAUUUCUCUUACUAUUUUGCUUUUUUGUGUGUGCUCAAAGGGCAUAAUGUAUCUUAAUGAUUUUACUGUUAGAAUUUUCAUUUUCAGUGCAUUGCUUGCAAGAAGUUUGGGGUACUUUUGAAAGCUGAAAUUUUUGUUAGGUUUUUUUAUUGAAUAUAAUGCUACCUAGAUGCAAAUGAUUGAAGUGACUCAUGCUAUGCCUACUUAGAGGUGUCCUUUUUGAAUUAUACAAAUCUCUCUUCUGAACAACAGUGUCUUACAGAAUACAUGUUGUAAACUUGCAGUAGUGCAGUACAUACAAUUUUGUCUGCUACAUAAAAUAUAAAGUAAUUUAUAUAAAAAUGUAAAAGAUUUCUUAAAUAAAGCUGUUAUAGUAGCA